AUGAAUACUCAUUUGCUAGAAUCAAUUUGUAUUCAAGUUGGAUAUUUUGAAAUACAAAUAAAGUUACUAUUGCUCCCUUUAUUUUUCACUGUAGGCAAAUUAUUUUCAUUAUUGUUUGUGAUUUAUCCAUAAAACUAAGGUGAUGAGUUUUAGAAUGUGAUAUAAUCAACUAGUGAAAAUAGGUUUUACCCAUUGUUAUAAUUUCAAAUUGAAGUAAUAAAUUAAGGUCUUGGCAAUCAAGAAAUACAACAUUAUUUUUCUUUGAUUUUUAAUUUUGUUAUUACUUUAGUUUUUGGAAUAACUAUCAUUCUCAACUACAAUUAAAAUGAUAGAAUAGAUGAUAAUGUCAAAUAAGAAAAUAUAAGAACUAUUUUAAUGAGAGCCAUAUGUCUCAUUAACUCUUUUGUAAAUGUAACGAUUUUAUAACCUCUAUUAAUAUUUGGUUUGUAUAACAUAAAAAAUUCGAUGUAAAGACAACUGUACAUUUGGAUUAUAAACGAUAUUCUAUUUUUAAUUUACAUACAUUUUACAUAAAUUAUGUAUUUUUUAUUAACUGAAGGCACAUUAAUUAUAAAAUUAAAUUCUUAUAAGAAAUUAUAAAUCUCAUUUAUAGAAUAUAUUGGGUAUUUAUUAAUUCUAUCUUAAUCAUAUAUUUUUACAUUUAGCUUACCUAAUAUCGCUAAAUAUGUAUAAUCAAUAAUUUAUUUAUUAAUUACUCUAUGUGAAAUACAUUCUAUUUUCAUUUCAAAAGUAUAUUCAUCAUAAACUCAAAUUUAUCUAUUAAUAAUUAUUCAUUCAGGUGGAACAUUAAUAUCUCUUUGUACUUUAUCAAACAUUGAUAAACCUUUAAUUUAUAUACUUUUGCUUAGCCCCUUUUUAAUUUAUAUUGGUAUUUUUGCCUGGAAUAGGAUCUAAAUGUAGAUUUAAAAUUAAGAGUCUUUUUAACUAUCUUACUUAGAUCUAAACAAUUUAAUUUGCAGAAAACUUUCAAAUGAAAAAUCUUCAUUUAAUUAUACUUGUGUACUAAAUUCAAUAAAAUUAAGCAAGCAUUAAUAAAAAUGCUUGAGUAUACAAUGUUUCUGUCAUAAUUAAUAAUAUUACUCAACUGAUUCAAAAUAAUUUUUAAAUCUACCUGACAUUAUUGAAGAUGAUAUUAAAUUUAGUUUGAUCAAAAAUUUAAAAAAAUAAGUUUCAUUAAAAUAACCUAAAGAUAUUUUAUAUAUUUUAUGUCAUAUUUUAUUUGCUUAAUAAUAUAAUGGAGAAGUUUAUGAAAUUUACUCUAAAAUUGAGAAUAAAAAUAUAAUGGACAAUUUAAAUAAGCUGUAAAAAAUUAAAUGGAAAGUUUUCACUAUGAUUAUUAAACAGAAUCUUUAUAAUAGCUUUACUGCAAAAAUUGAAAAUUACAGCAAAGAUUAAAUUUAUUUAUCAAUGAAAAUUAAUUAAUUUGUUCAAUCAGAAAGUUUCAAUUAAAGCAUUAAAGAGGGGCUGAUAAAUAUUAUUCAAAAAAAGUUAGAUUUCUCUUAAAUCCUUUUAGAAUAAUAUAAAGAAAAAGGUUUUUUAUUUUAAUAUUACAACCUAAUGGAAUAAAUAGAAAAAUAAGAAAAAUCUUUAAGAAUGAUUUAUGAAAAAUUUCCAAGUAUUAAUUAUUUAUAAUAAAUUAGGUUAAAAAAAUUAAUCUUAACUUAUGUUUUUUUAUGGAGAAAUCAAGUAAGAUUGGUAGAAAGCAUUUGAUUAAUUAUAGAUUAAUGCUUUAGAUAAUUAAUUAUUAGAUCAAUAACAUGAUAUCGAUAUUAAUAGAUUAACAAACAAAAUGUCUUAUGUAAUAUUCUCAUUUGAGGAAAGGAAAUUAAAAAUUAAAUCAUUUUCUAAAAAGGCUCCAUAAAUUUUUGGACAUAACAAUAAAUCUUUUGAUAAUCUUGCUAAUACUGAUUAAUUAAUACCAAGAAUUAUUCGAGAUAAUCAUAAUAGUUAUAUAGAAUAAUUCUUAUGUGAUGGAAAGGGAAGUUUCUUUAGAAAAAAAUCUUAAAUCAUUUGUUCAAUGAAAUCUGGAUUUUUAUAAAAUAUUGAUUUUUUUUAUGAUUUAUACUUUGAUAAUAAUUAAAGUUUUAGAUUCAUAACAUUUUUUAGUGCUCUAGAAUAAGUUGAUCCAAUUAUUUUAAUAGAUAAAAAUAACAGAAUUCAAGGAGUUAAUAAAGAAUUAUUUAAACAACUAAAUUUUAAUCCAAAAAUAAUAGAAACUUUAUAAAUUGAGAAAAACUUGUAUAACAUUGGAGCAAUAAAUUUUAUUCCUGGCUAUGUUUUAAAUAGUAAUUCAAACACAGUUUCUUUUUAAUUUAGUUUUCCAAAAGAAUCCUUCUUCCUUUAAUUAGUUCAGUAAAAAGUAUCUUUACAGAAAAUAGAUGCAAAUUUAAUUAUAUAUGAUAUUAACUGUGAUAUUUAUCAUAGAUAAAACCAUAAAAUAUUUAAAUUUAACAAGAUAUAAGAAAAUGGAUAAUUUAGAUAAUUAUUGUCAAUGGAUUUAUAAAGUAUUCAUGAUAAAAUAUUUGAAAUUAAUGAUGAAGAAUCUGUUAUUUAUCCAUAUGAUUGUAAUAUGGUAUCACCAAAAGGUUCUUGCAUAAAUAAUAUCAUUUUCGAUACAUAAAGAAAGACAGAUAUUAAGAUAUUUAGUGAAACUGAAGAUAAAAAUUAAAUUUUUAAAUUUAGCAAACAUGAAAUUCUGAAUGAUUAUAGUGAUUCAUAUUUAACAGAAAAAGAAGAUAAAACUGUAUAAAUCUUAGGAAAUAUCUAUGAAAAUGAUAUUAGAAAUUAAGAAAAUAUGAUAGUAGGAGGAUCAUAAGCAUCUUCAAUGGCUGGAUUAAGAAAAUCAAUUUUUUAUAAAAAAUAUUCUUUAAUAAAUAUCUUAAAUGAAUCCAAAGCUACAAGUCCUAUUCUUUUAAAGCUUAUUGGAUUAACAUUGAUUGCUUUACUUAGUUAAUCCAUUUAUUUAAUAAUUGUAAUUUUUAUCAUAAUAUUUAGAAUAUUAUAUAUUCCAAAUAAGACUUCAAUUCUCUUAAUUAUUAUUAUGAAUCCAUCUAAAUCAAUCAUUAUUUUAUUGAACCUAUGCAAAAAUUCUUUUUAACUCGCUAUAUGUUAGUAGAUUAUUAAAUCUCUUCUUACUAUGGAAUAUUGGAUGAUAAUAAAUUAAGAUAUCAUACAAAAUUUAUUAUACCACUUAUAGUUGAUUCUUUUGAUUAAUUUAAAUAAAAUUUUUAGGAUCAUUUUUAGGAUGAACAUUUCUCAGAAUUCAUUAGAGAUUAAUAUGUUGUUGUAAAAUAAUAAACAUAUCAUUACUCUCCAACCAAAUAAUAAGAAUAUAAUUUAACUCUAUUUAAUGCAUUUAGUAUACUUUUAGAUGCUUUUUAUAAGUAAUAAUAAAUCUAUGUGAAUAAUUCUACAACAAGAGGAACUAAUCCUCAUAAUACCUAUUAAUAUAUCAAUUAUAUACUCUUUGUAACAAUAUUUGAUCAAAUAUCUGAUUAAAUGCAUUAAGAAUCUAUAAUAUAAAUUGAUUUGGUUGUUAAAAGAUGGUUAAUAUUAGUAAUUCCAAUAUCUAUUAUUUUUAGUUUAAUCAUUAUCUUAUUAGCAUAUUACCAUAAUCUUUUCAAUCAUUUAUUGUAAAGGUUUUUUGCAUUAAAUAAUUUUAUAGAAUAAUCUGCUAUUGAAAAUGAUUCUAUAAGGCAACUAUUUAUUUUAUAAUCUUUAAAAUAAGGAUCAGAUUUAAUCCAUAAAUAUAAGUUUAAUCUUAUUGGAAAGGAAGAGAUGUUAAGAAAAAGUCAUUAGAAAGAAAAAAGAAAUUAAAUAACUUUUUAGAAUGAAAUUAGAAGAACAAAAAGCAGUGUAAAAAUUACUAAAAUUCCUCUAAUAAUUAUGAUUGUGUUUUUUUAAAUUUAAUACUCUCUAAUUACAGGACCAUUAACUUAUACAGGAGCUAAAUAUAUGAGAAAAUUUCCUGAUACUAUACAUUUUUUUAAAUCAUUUUCUGAUAUUGGUGUUUAUAUUCCAGCUGCAUUUUCUCAAAAAGAGAUGCUGUAUUAUUUUUUUUAUUUUUCAUACUUUAAAAAUGAAGAUAGAGUGUUUUUUAGAGAAUAAAUUUAAAAAGCAGUCAAGAAGAUUGAUACUUUCUUAAAUUUAAAAUUGUAAGAUGUAAAUUAUUAAUUUUCAUCUGAGUUUUUGGAUAAUUAUGAAUUUUAAGAAAAAAGCAAUCUUUGUUUAUUAUUAAAUAGCAGUAAAUAUUUUGAUUUUGAUUAUUUUUGUAAUCAUUCUUAAAAUGGAAUUCUGAAAUUAGGAUUGAUACCAACUUUAAAUGCUUUCAGUAAUCUCUUAAAGAAUGAGUUAGAUUUAGAUUUUCCAACAUCAAGGACAGUUGCACCUUUAGAAGAAUUGGAAGCUGUUUAUUUUUGUUCAGAUAUAAUAUCAACCAUUACAUAGUAGAUGGCCUCUGAUAUUUAUAACUAAGCAUUAAAAAUUGAAUACAUGUAUGAUGUAAAAUAAAUAUUUUAAAUUUAAGGUUAUACAUGGAGUAGCUUUAGCAUUCACAUUACUAUUAAUUUUAAUAGUUUAGUUAAAAAUAUACUAGACAUUUAAAUUUAAACUUUAGAGAACAAAAACUAUUUCAUUAGUAUUUCCACUUCAAACUAUAUUUUUGAAUGAUCAUUAUGAGAGGGAGUUACGUAGAAUUGUUACAUCAGAAUAAUUAAUAUGA